AUGUCCCCCUGGUGGAGCCUGGCCGCCAUCCUCACCCGGGCGGCGUGGGUCGGCGGCUUCCUGCUGUCGGCUGUUGUUGGUGAGCUUCGCAUGGUGUCGCCAUCGUUCCUCCAGCUGCAAAGACUGUCCGUCUGUAUAGCAACAUUCCUCGACCUCCUUAUCGUCGCGGUGGUUCCUAAAGGCUAUGAGACGCCCGAUAAGAACCCGAAGGGAUUGCACCACCCCGGAGAACGAAAUUUGCCGUUUGAUGAUGUCUACAUCGGAACUAGUGAUGGAUUGACUCUGCAUGGUUGGCUUUUACGUCAGCCAAAUGCUCUAAAGGCACCUACCUUCCUCUACUUUCACGGGAAUGCUGGCAACAUCGGAUUUCGGAUACCAAACUUGGAACUAAUGUUUCGCAUGGUUGGAGUGAAUAUACUUAUCGUCUCAUAUAGAGGUUAUGGAUACAGUGAAGGCUCACCCACAGAAGAGGGUGUUUAUACGGACGCGGAAGCUGCAUUGGAUUUCCUCCUGGAAAAUGGGACUGUCAACAACAAAGAUGUUUUCGUCUUUGGUCGUAGUAUUGGGGGUGCAGUAGCAAUAGAGCUCGCAAUACGCAGAAGUGACGAGUUGAAGGGCAUUGUGGUCGAGAACACGUUCACGUCGCUGCUGGAGAUGCUCUAUAUUGUUUUCCCGUUCUUGAGCCCAUUCAAGCUGCUGGUAAAGGCCGUGCAGCGGAUGUACAUGUCGAACGAUGAGAAGGUUCGCACACUGAGUCUGCCAGUUUUAUUCAUUUCUGGUCGCCAGGACAAGCUGGUUCCUCCUUCGCACACGGACGUGCUAUACAGCACAUGCGGUUCUCGCAUAAAGAUGCGAGAGGACGUUGAAAACGGAGGCCACAACGACACAUGGGAAGUCGGGGGUCAAAGUUACUACAAUAGGUUUCGCGAGUUUGUCCAAGUGGCGCUUGCUGAGUCGGCACCUUCUGAUGUCGCCUGCCACUCCGGAAGCCAUUCAAUCAUUAGUGAUGCAUCUACAAAUGUGUCCUUGAGACAGUUACGGCCAACUCCCUCAGCAGCUGAAGAGGCUAUGUGCAACUAG